AGGACGUGGUUCGCCAUAUGGAUAAGCCGUAUUAUCGGCUUUCCUCUCCCCCGGGAUAAAUAUGUAAAUCCUAUCCUAUACCGCCUACAGCUACGGUACCGGUACCGGAUCUUGGACAUUCUACAGCCAGACAGUUCUAGCAAGAUCCAAGACGGCCACAAAUGUGUGUAAUAAUUUUUGAAGAUUUUUUGAAAGACUUUAAAGAAUUUCAUCACAAAGAACUGCUGCACUGAGGCAUGUUACGGGGGUGGAGGCUAACUCGUGGUACGGUACCAUGUUUAAUUUGAUAUAUCAUCAUAAAAUACUGGUAUAUUCAUGCUAAUUCAUUCACUAGUUACUACCCAUAACAAAUUUAGAUGAUGUCGGUUGUUGUCCAGUGAAGUACUUGCCCAUGAGUUCAUGACUGUAUAAACUACUGAACUAUGCCAAUUACACAUUAUUUUGAGGGGUUUUCGAAAUAUACUUUAUAGAUCGCUAUUGUUAGUUUGCCUUAUGUCAGUACCAUAUGUUAGUGCAAAGACUUGAAUGUCAGAGUGUUUUUUUAUGUAGUGAUGCAGUUGGGCUACUUAUUUCUGUACUAGGACUGGUCAGAAAGUGUAUUCAUUCACUUUUAAUUCCAUUGUGCAAUCCUUUAAAUUCAUAUAACAGGCUAUGGUGUUCAUUUUUCUUGCGCUCUAACUUGUAAAUUAUUUUAUGGUUUUACACUCCGUUUAAAAAGAAUCUUUGAAUAUGAAAUUCAAAGAUCUUUGAUUUAUGCCAGUUCUAUCUAAAUAGCAUCAAUAGUUCAGCCAAAUACUUUUGUUUGAAUGAAGGUGAACUGUUCUUUAUGAUGGCAAAAAUUACUAUUGCCUGUAAACAAUUUCUUUAAAUUUGAAGCAAGUGACAAUUUAAUUUGAAUGUUUUUUGUUAAGCUAUAGAGCUAAGGGCCUGUUUGUGUAUCGAACGAAAUCUGAUUUAAAUCCUUAGAGUUAACUCACUGCGCAUUAAUUUACUUCAGGUUGUGUGUCAUGUAAUUAUUGUAAUAUUGAAUGUGAAAAGUCCCAUGAAAUGAGAAAUACUACGGAUUUGUGUUCACCCAACAAAUUUGAAAAAUAUUCAGAAUACUAGUUAAUUGCAAGUUUGAAGUAUAGAUCUGCAACCUAUUGGAACAACCGUUUUGAAUUCAUUUUAAAUAAAUUUCAAGAUCAGGUCUUAGAUACCUGUUAUAUUACCCAUAGGGCCAUAAUAUUGAAAUAAUGUUAUAUGCACAAAUUUUUGCAGGUUUGUUAUUGAUUUUACUGCUCAAAUCUGCUUUGAAAAUACAAAGUAGUGAUUUUGAGCAUAUAAAUAUUUCUAACAUUUUCUAAAUAAAUGGGAAUUUUCUCACUAAUCAAAUGAUUAAAUCUGUACUAUUCAUUUUUGCCUAAAUAGAUUUUGUCAAAUUUACCUCGAAAUAAAUUAUGUCUGGUUGGGAUGAGUCUGAAGAAUGGGGCGAUGGCUUCUCUAAUAUUACACCAUCAGCUAAUGUAAAUACUAAUGAGUCAUUUGAUCAUCAUGUUCCGAACAAUAUCAAAUUCGGCAGAGGACAAAAGCAGCCAUUUGCAUUCCGAGAACAAGAAAAUAGUGGAUAUAUAAACAAUGACCCUGGUGAUGAAAAAAUAAUAAUGGUAGACUGCAAAAUGUGUGGCAGAAUAAUAGGUAAAGGAGGCGCAAAGAUACGGGAACUACAGGAGAGCAGUGGAGCGAAAAUACAAGUGGAUAGAAAUGAACAAGAAGGAGAUAAAGUACCUGUUAAAAUAUCUGGUAAUGAUCUAGAAAAAGAAGAGGCUGAACGACUGAUAAAAAGCUUGCUGGAAGAACAAAAGGGUAAUUCUUCCAGUUUCCAAAGUGACAGAAGCAGGUUUGGAAAUGAACGAAAGAAUGAUAAUUUUUCAAAUACAAAUUCUGGAAAAACGAUUUUCAUCAAAGCAACACAAUGUGGGAGAGUCAUAGGACGUGGAGGUUCAAAAAUUCAUGAGCUUCAAGAUGAUAGUGGCGCUCGUAUUAAUGUGAAAAGCAACGAGAGUGAUGGUGAUACUGUUCCUGUUGUACUUACUGGCGGCCAAGCAGCGAUUGAUAAAGCUGAAGAGUUGAUCCUUGAUCUUCUCAGCGAAGAUAGUUAUGGAUCGUCAAAGUCUACACAUAAUGAUAUGAAAAUUGACAGAGGAGCAGGGAAAGGUGAUGGCUUUACGUCAAGUGGAUUUAUAGAUUGGAAUAAUGUGAAUCUGAUGUGUCGCAUUCAAACCAAAAAACGAUGGGAAAACUCUCCACCAAUCAGAAAAAACUUUUAUAUCGAAGAUGAAUCUGUGGCAGAUAUGUUACCUCAUGAAGUUGCUCAAUGGAGAGAAGAUAACUUCAAUAUAUCAGUUACUCAUUUGGCUAAAGAGCAAACAAAUCGUAUUUUAAAUCCUGUUUUAACAUUUGAACAAGCGUUCAAUUGUUAUCCGGAGGUUUUAAAAACUAUAUAUGAUCAGGGAUUUGUCAAACCAUCUCCUGUGCAAUGCCAGGCUUGGCCUCUUGCAAUGAGUGGCUUUGAUGUGAUAGGUAUUGCACAGACCGGCACAGGAAAGACAUUGGCGUUUUUGCUUCCAGCGUUUUUACAUAUUGAUGGACAGCCAAUUCCAAGAAGUGAAAGGGGUGGCCCAAGUUGCCUGAUUUUGACACCGACUCGAGAACUGGCUCUUCAAAUUGAAAUGGAAAUCAAAAAGUAUCAUUACCGUGAUAUACGUUGCGUUUGUGUUUACGGUGGUGGAGACAGAAGAAAGCAAAUUAACCUGGUUACACAAGGUGUUGAAAUAAUUGUAGCGACGCCGGGUAGAUUUAACGACUUGCUAGCCAAUGAGUAUGUCUCUUUAGAUUCUGUGACGUUUUUAGUAUUGGAUGAGGCAGACCGCAUGUUGGAUAUGGGAUUCGAACCACAAAUUAUGAAAAUUUUACUUGAUAUUCGACCCGACCGACAAACUAUGAUGACUUCUGCUACUUGGCCAGAAGGGGUUCGUCGCCUGGCAAGAAGCUAUUUAACGGAUCCAAUGCAAGUUGCUGUCGGAUCAUUGGAUCUCGCUGCGACUCACACCGUAAAACAAAUUGUAGAAAUUGUUGCAGAAGAAGAGAAACGAGAUAGGCUUUUAGACCAUAUAGCAAAUAUGGAACCAAGUGAUAAGGUUCUAGUUUUUGUUGGUCGAAAGACUACAGCAGAUAAUUUAUCGGCCGAUUUGAUCAUGAUGAACAUUAUCUGCCAGUCUAUUCACGGAGGUCGUGAACAAUAUGACAGAGAGCAAGCUCUGAAUGAUUUUAAAUCUGGAGAAGUCAACAUUCUUGUAGCUACAGAUGUGGCUUCAAGAGGUUUGGAUGUUGCUGAUAUUUCACAUGUAUUUAAUUAUGAUUAUCCUCGCAACACAGAGGAAUAUGUCCACAGAGUUGGUAGGACUGGUAGAGCAGGCCGUAGUGGUACUUCAAUAACACUCGUUACAAGAGAGGAUUGGAGCACUGCUAAAGAAUUGAUAGAUAUCCUUGUCGAGGCUCAACAAGAUGUACCGAUUGAACUCUAUGACAUGGCAGAAAGAUUUGCAAAAAUGAAGGAAAGACGUGAGCGUGAAGGUGGAUUUCGCAGAGGUGGUGGGCGUGGUAGAGGCGGAGGUUUUGGUGGUCGAAGAGGAAGAGGUAAUAGUAGAUGGUAAACAUUCACACAUCUAUGCAGAUUAUACACCAGGACAUUUUUAACAACUUGGGUUUCGAAAUUAUAAAAUUCAAAGUAUGGUGCAGGGGUUAUAUUGGUCUUUAAAUUGGUUGAAUCAUGUUUAUUUUUAGUAGAAAUUUUAAAUUCUUAAUAAUCAAUUUGCUAUGUGGCAAUGGCAAAUGUUAAUCCCUGUUCAUAUUAUUAAUGGAUCUGUAUUUUGCUGAUAUUGAAUGUUAACUAUUAAGGCCUAAGGUCUGGUAGAAUUAUUGGGGGUUUUGUAGGCCGAUUACACUGUUUAACUAAUAUUCCCUAUUUAUCAUUGAAUCAGACUUGUCAAUAUCUUUCAAAACAGCAACAUUAAUAAAUAUCAUUCUAACAAAUAUUAUGCUUUUUUGGCAACCUUUUGAUAUUGCGAUUUUACCAGUGGUGCAUUUGUCAGUUAAAAUUGCAUGAUCGUAGGAAUAUUUGUUGGAUACUGUUGCGUUUAAUAUGGAUUAUUUUUUGCUUUAUCUUUCUAUCUCAGGCUGUCAUUGUGAAUUUUUAUUUAUCCCAUUUUUUUUGUAAUAUGAUAAAUAAUGCAGUUCUUGUUUAUUUGUUACCUUAAAAAUUCAUUACCCUUUUUUGACAAAGUGAAACCAACCCUAACGAAGUUUUGAUAAUUCUACUAGUAAUCAAAAUUGGAUUCCUCAGAUCCCCUAUAAUUUAAUGUUUGCAUGUCAAAAUUUUUUAGAAAUUUAGUGACCAUCAAAGACCUCAAUAUAAGCAGUUGAGGAUUCGAAUCUUCAAUUGUCUUGAAAGGCUUGGUUUGCCAUAUUUGUUGCUUAGUAUUAACGGUUGACCCAUAACCGCCUAUAUUUCAUCUUUCAUUUACUGUUAUUAAAGCACCUUCUUUCAUCUUUUCAUUUGACCUGUCAAAUACAAACAAAUUAUGUCAAGAUUGCUUUAUCUUUAGUUUUUGGGGUUCAGAAUUUCAAAAAAUGUUCAUUGGUUUUUA